AUUUGUAAUUUAUAUUUUUUUAAAAAUAAACAAAAACUAAUUUAUAAAAAUUUUGUCGAAGGUCACCGAAGUAUUUUUUAAGGACUAUUUGUGUAAUUGAUCGAAAAUAAAUCCCGACACGUGGCCAAAGACACGUAACCCCUAUAUCCACUAAUUCCUCUCCAUGCUGGCUCUGCAAAAAAACUGGGGACUUUGAGAAUCACAAAACAGUAGAGAGAAUUCAACAAUGGCUUCAUCUCUAUCUAUAUACAUAUCUCCACAAGCCCUAGCUCGCAAUACUCCAAACCCUCGCAACCCCCUCCCCAGAAAGCUCUCCAAAUCAAACCCUAACCACCACCAUCGCAUUACUCGCACCACCUCCCGUGACUUCCACCCUCCGCCGCCGCCGCCUCUCUCCUCCGUCUUUGGCGGCGAUGCCGCCACCACCUACACCCGCCUCCCUCCCAAAGACGACUUCUUUCUCUCCUCUCUCCACUCCUCAACCGAGGUCAAGCUAUCCGAAUUGAAUAUUUCAACUCGAAAGAUUGAAAACGACGAAUCGAGUCAAGAAGAGUUGUUUGAUGAAAAUCUAGGGCUUUCUUACGGAAAGUUCGAAUUGUUCGAGGUGAAUUCUGAUUCUGAAUUCGAAGACGAUGAUAAUGAGGAGGAGGAGGAGGAGGACUAUGGUGGUGAAAUGUUAGGGUUUGAGGGUGGAGAAGCUGGGGAUGUGGUUGGUGGGGAUGGAAUUGAAGGAGAGGAAGUGAAGGAGAAAGAGAAAGGAGUGCCGGCGGUGAUGAGAUGCUUUGACAGAGCGAAGAUUUUUGUUAAGGCCGGUGAUGGCGGGAAUGGGGUGGUGGCGUUCCGGCGAGAAAAGUACGUGCCGUUUGGGGGACCAUCCGGUGGCGACGGAGGGAGGGGUGGGAAUGUGUAUGUGGAAGUUGAUGGGUCGAUGAAUUCGUUAUUGCCGUUUCGACAGAACAUUCAUUUCAGGGCAGGGAGGGGUAGCCAUGGGCAGGGGAAGAAGCAGAAUGGGGCGAAGGGAGAGGAUGUUGUGGUGAAGGUGGCACCGGGGACGGUUAUUAGGGAGGCUGCCAUGGAUGGAGAGCAAGGGGAGGUGCUUUUGGAGUUGUUGUAUCCGGGGCAGAGGGCAUUGUUGUUGCCAGGUGGAAGAGGAGGGAGAGGCAAUGCUUCUUUUAAGUCGGGGACGAACAAGGUGCCAAAGAUUGCAGAGAUUGGAGAGGAGGGCCCAGAAUUGUGGUUGGAGUUAGACCUAAAGUUGGUAGCUGAUAUUGGAAUAAUAGGUGCUCCAAAUGCAGGGAAAAGCACACUUCUUAGUGUUAUUAGUGCUGCUCAGCCAGCUAUUGCAAACUAUCCCUUUACAACUUUACUUCCAAAUCUCGGUGUUGUUUCAUUUGACUAUGAUUCUACAAUGGUCGUAGCUGAUCUCCCAGGUUUACUUGAAGGAGCACACCGAGGUUUUGGUUUAGGCCAUGAGUUUCUCCGGCACACAGAAAGAUGUUCUGCUUUGGUACAUGUUGUUGAUGGUUCAUCACAGCAACCUGAAUAUGAAUUUGAUGCAGUUCGUCUUGAGCUAGAACUGUUCAAUCCUGAACUUGCUGAAAAGCCGUAUUUAGUUGCCUACAACAAAAUGGAUCUUCUGGAGGCAUCUGAAAGGUGGGUAUCAUUCAAGGAAAACUUGCAAGCUCGUGGCAU